UGGUGACGUCACGCAGAAGCUUCCGGGCUGGCGGCCCGGUGAUGUUCUGAAUUUUAGUAUUUUACUGCGGGUUUAUACGGUUUUACGGCAGGCUGGCAGCUGCGAUUCGAAGCCAUGCGGAGAGGUGAAGUCCAUCCCCAGUGAGAGCGUCGGCUUCCGGGACAAAGUGCUCCGCUGGAGCGGCUGAAGGAGGUUUGGUCGACUUUCUGCUCAAAGAAACCUCCGUCAGUACCUACAGAGGACGGCACGGCUCGCCGCCUCUCUGGGUUUGAUUCCUCCGCAGCUGGGCGUCCAUCGACGUGAAGAUGAAGUUGAAGGAGGACAUGAACCCCCUGCUGCUGCAGGUUUUCCGCUCGGUGGUCUGGGUCUACUCCGUCAUCACCUUCCUUCCCUGGUACUUCUUCUCUGGAGCCGGCACCAAUCUGGAGCGGGCCCGUCGGAUCAAGGCUCGCUCCGUCAGCGGACACCCGGCGGGGCCCUACCGGGCGCUCAACAGUCGAGACAAGCUGGUGGCGUGGCUGCACCCCGGGGUGGACACCCUGGACAAGAUGUUCGAGCACGCCACGCACAGGUUUCCUCUGAGGGACUGUCUGGGCACCAGAGAGGUGCUGAGUGAGGAGGACGAGCUCCAGCCCAACGGCAAGGUCUUCAAAAAGGUCAUUCUGGGGAACUAUAACUGGCUCUCGUUCGAGGAGGCCUACCAGGCUGCCAAGCAUUUUGGCAGCGGUCUGGCGGCGCUCAGCCAGAAGCCUCACUGCAACAUCGCCAUCUUCUGUGAGACCCGGGCCGAGUGGCUGGUGGCAGCGCAGGCCUGCUUCAUGUACAACUUCCCACUCGUGACGCUGUACUCCACUCUGGGACCGGUGGCCAUCGCUCACGGCCUGAACGAGACCGAAGUGACUCACAUCAUCACGAGCAAAGACCUGCUGCAGAGCCGCCUCAAGGCUAUUCUGUGCGACGUGCCGAGGCUGCGGUACAUCAUUGUAGUGGACAGCAAACCCACGAGCUGGCCAGACAUCCCCAGAGGCAUCGUGGUGCACAGCAUGGACGCCGUGAAGGAGAUGGGAUCGCAGCCUGACAACAUUGCGGUGGAGCGCCGACAGCCGCAGCCUUCCGACAUCGCGGUCAUCAUGUACACCAGCGGCUCCACCGGCAUCCCCAAAGGCGUCAUGAUCUCCCACGGCAACAUCAUGGCCGGCAUCACGGGCAUGGCCGAGCGAAUCCCCAACCUGGAUGAGACAGACACCUACAUCGGCUACCUGCCGCUGGCCCACGUCCUGGAGCUCAGCGCCGAGCUGGUGUGCCUCUCUCACGGCUGCCGCAUCGGCUACUCGUCCCCUCAGACCCUGGCAGACCAGUCCACGAAGAUAAAGAAGGGCAGCAAAGGCGACACCAGCGUGCUGAAGCCCACGCUCAUGGCCGCGGUACCCGAGAUCAUGGACCGAAUCUACAAGAACGUGAUGACUAAAGUGGAGGAGAUGAGCAGAUUCCAGAGGACGCUCUUUGUGCUGGCUUACAACUACAAGAUGGAGCAGAUCUCUAAAGGCUACAGCACGCCUCUGUGUGACAGUUUGGUGUUCAAGCGAGUGCGAGCGCUGUUGGGAGGAAACACCCGGGUGCUGCUGUCUGGUGGGGCGCCGCUGUCCGCCGCCACGCAGCGCUUCAUGAACAUCUGUCUGUGCUGCCCCGUGGGCCAAGGCUACGGCCUGACGGAGACGUGUGGAGCCGCCACCAUCAGCGAGGUUUGGGACUACAGCACCGGCAGGGUGGGCGCCCCGCUGGUGUGUUCAGAGAUCACUCUGAAGGACUGGGAAGAAGGCGGUUACUACAGCACAGACAAGCCCAACCCGCGAGGGGAGAUUCUCAUUGGCGGGCCCAACGUCACCAUGGGUUACUACAAGAGCCAAGGCAAGAACCACGAGGACUUCUUUGUGGACGAGAAAGGCCAGAGGUGGUUUUGUACCGGAGACAUUGGAGAGUUCCACGCUGACGGGUGCCUCAAGAUCAUCGAUCGCAAGAAAGACCUGGUGAAACUGCAGGCGGGAGAAUAUGUCUCUCUAGGAAAAGUGGAGGCCGUUUUGAAGAACUGCCCACUCAUAGACAACAUCUGUGCCUACGCCAACAGCGACCAGUCGUACGUCAUCGGCUUCGUGGUGCCGAACCACAAGCAGCUGACGGCGCUAGCCGAGCAGAUGCAGGUGAGGGGCAGCUGGGAGGAGAUCUGCAACAACGCCCAGAUGGAGAGGGAGGUCCUCCGAAUCAUCGCAGAGGCCGCCGUGUCCGCGAAACUUGAGCGAUUCGAGAUCCCCAAGAAGAUCCGCCUGAGCGCCGAGCCGUGGACCCCGGAGACCGGCCUGGUCACGGACGCAUUCAAACUCAAACGCAAGGAGCUCAAGUCACACUACCAGGAGGACAUCGAGAGGAUGUACGGUGGAAAAUAGCUCACACACACACACACACACACACACACACACACUCCAACAACACAAACACAUCCACACAUAGACAAGAAGCUUAAAGGCCUCGAUCAGGACGACCUCCACUUCAGCACACACACACACACUCACACACACGACACACGCCGCCUCCUCAGCUUCCCUGUAACCAGCCUCGAUCAAAGCAGGGUGGGAGGGGGGAGGGGGGUCUCCUCAGUCCAUCGGCCUCCGAGCCGGCCAGGCGUGAGCGCCCGCCACUCUUUCCGGGGUUUGUCCUCCGUUGACCCGCUCCGAGUCGGACAUUCACAUGACCGGAAGUAGAGAAAGGUGAGGUUGGACGCCUGCGCUCUGCCGUCUGUUCUUCCUGCUCCCCGCCUCGCCCCGCCCCCACCCUCGCCCUGGCUCGGGACUCGGGGAGCCGGACUCAUCCCUCCCGGGCUCCAGGAACAUUCAGGUUGGACUCUUGGCAGGGAUCCCUCUAAUCUCAUUUUUUAAGUCUGUUGCUACAUUUCUCCUCGUUUGUUUCGGUUCUUUGUGUGUUUGGAAGCCAUGAGAGAUUUAGCGUUAAGUCGUCUUUUUUCUUACUCUUAUUUCAAGGUGAUAUUAUUCUGGAUUUUGUAUUUCGGAGUUUUGUUUACAAGCUUUAUUCUUAUUUUUUUGGUAUAAUUUUGUCUUUUUUUUUGUUGCCUGUCCUAAACUUUGUCCACUUGAGUGUGUGCUUUCUGAUUUGAGUGUUUGGUGCCCUGCUCCUCUGCUCUCUGCAGCCUGGGCUUGUUUUCUCCACAUGCUCCUCCAGUCACGGUCAAACCACCGUCGGGAUGACUCCAAGGGAAUUACUGUAGAAUAAUAGUUAGCGUUAGCUUAGCCUCUCAUUCUUAGCUCGUCCCAGUUACUCUUUUGACCGCGGUCUGCUUACUGUUACUUUCAUCUUUGUUUCUAACUCUCAACUAUUAAGUACAAAAUGAAUGUGCAAUAUUUAUACUCCAGUUUGAAAGUAUGUAAAAAGGAAAGAAGCGCACAGACAGCAGCCCCUCCAUGGUGUUUAAAGCUUCGGCCUCCGUUUCAGGCUGACAGGAAACUCAUCACAGGAAUAAAGAUGGUAGACAGACACUGAUAGGAAGUGUAGAUGUAGCCUGUUCUUAACAUACUGUGCUAAACCUGUAAAUUCUCCUCUGUAAGACUGUAAGAUGUAAUAUUUGGCAUUGUCGAAACUGCAUGAUGAAAAGUGUGCAAACUGUACCAAAGCACUUGAAUAUACAGAGAAUUGGAAGAAGUGGGGAAGUUCUUCAUGAUGAAUUAGAAGUGACAGUCGCAAUUCCUUCUCCAGCUGUAUGAUAUCGUGCCGUGUAUAUAAAAGGACCUGCUCCUCUGGGAUUCUGUAACCUGACAUUUAUUCAUACUAGUGUAAAGUAUACAGCUAGCACCACUUUUCAGGCCGCUGGUGAUUGAAUCAGUGCAGGCGACCUUCCUGCUUUGGCUUUCCUCUUUUUUAAUCUCAGUGGACAGAAGGUGGAAUGGCGUUUUGUUCGGUGGUGCUUCUGGAAGGUCGAUAUCUGGGUUGCAGUCCUUUCUGAAUGCAGCAUUAAUUUCGGGUACUCUAACAAUGCCUCUUAUCGGAUGUUUUUAGGAUUUCUUUCGGUCAGAGGUUUUCAAAAUGUGGGAGGAUGACUGGAAGGUGUCCGCUCAGUCUUUGCGUUUGGCCGAGAGCUUUGGCCUCCGUUCCUCUCACAGUAAACAGCUGUCACGUCGUUCAGUUUUACACUCCACUCAUUUCUUUUUAUCGUGACUUAUUUGCCUGCUGAGGAAUUCCAUCCCACACUUUGAAAACCGCUGCCUGGCCCGCUAAACUCCCACCACGCGCUAUCAGGACGGAGUGGGAAGGAAUCCUCCGCUCCCGUGUGUGUUUGGAAUAAAGAAGUUUCUCCCUGACAUUUCACUCAGACGUCUGUCGCUUACUGCGCUGCUUCGUUUCUGCCUGGCUCGAGGCGGCUUGUUGCCUUCUGACACGCGUGAGCUUGUUGUCUUCAGGGGUCUCUAGAAUGUGAAUCACUCCCCACGCGUCGUUUCCCCCCCAACAGGCCGACGCGGCAAAGACAGCAGGUGAACCUCGCCGUUUCUGCUCUGAACGGUCAGCGGUCCACCAGGGACUGGACAGUGGACAGCCUCCUUUUCGUAUUUAAUAAUGUUUGGUACUGAACGGUUUUGGGAGGACAUGGGGGGGAAGGGAGGGGCCAGCCCCUCCUCGUUUUGUGUGGUUCAGUGGCCGUGCAAGCUGAGGUGCUGCGAGUGUCUCCUUCCUUAUUUAUUUGUGAUUUGGCCUUGGAAUUUAUUCUGUAAUGAAAUAAACAGGUUUGUGUUGUAAGCUC